AUGUCAGAAAAUCCAAUAUGGAGAUGAAAGUUGUUCAGUUGUGUUGUGUAUCAGGUUAAGGAAGUAGGUGACGGUGUGCGCGAGCAGGUCGGAGGUGUUUUUAAUGUUAAAAUGUACGUUUUGUGGCCCCGGCCGGCUAAAACAGCAAUAUUAGCAAUCGGCCUUUUAAUUGCUGUGCAUGAGGCGGCGGCCACCCACCUCCAGGGGACCUGGAACUCGGAAGACUUUUUCCUUUUCCUAUCCAAGUUCGGUGUCCAAAAGACGGACUUGCAUUACGAAAAAGACACCCUCGGCUACAUCUACGGCAAUGUUACGACGCGUUCCAACUCAAGCCACACGGUCACCCUCGCCGUCCUUGACAGGACGUACUUCCUGGAGUAUUACGGCAACAGGACCCUCAUCGAUAAGGAGGCCGCAUGCAAAAGGAUGUUCGACAAGAUCGGCCAUGUGGCGUACGACUCCUGCUACGAGGACGGGAUCGAUCUCUUGAGAAGGGUCCCUUGUCCCGAAGGCGAACUAUGCCCCGACGAAGACACCCCUUGGAACGUGGUCAAACAUUCCCAGUUUACAUUUGCAGUCAAAGACCUAAGUGAACCGAGAUUUUGGUAUGUAAGCCUAGUUGCUUGUUAUCGAAAUACCUCAACAUGUGAAUGGCACCACAUGGCUCACAGUUUAGAAAUUAAUUACGAUAUUUGGUUAGUUAAUGGAAACCCAAACACGAGCACAUACAACCCUCUCGUUUACCAGUUUUCAUUUGACCGACAGAAUACCGUCGAGCUGUAUCUUGUAUUUUUUAUGGUAUACUUUGUCCUCGUCCCUCUUCAACUGUAUGCUGUUGUACGACAGAGACACCCAGUUACACGACUUUUCACGGCAUCCUUGCUUUUAGAAUUUCUAGGCUUGUGUUUUAAUCUUGUCGAUGUUAUCAAAUUCACUAUGGAUGGAGUCGGAUAUCCAAAUAUUGCUGUUGUAGGAGACAUACUGGAUAUCCUUUCAAGGACUACUUUUAUGCUAUUACUUCUACUCUUAGCCAAAGGGUGGGCUGUCACGAGGCAGGAAUUCACAUGGAAACCACUUCUAUUCACAGUAUGGUUUAUUUAUGGGGUGGUCCACGUUUUACUUUAUGUCUGGAACAAAACAGAGGUGGACAUCAUCGAGGACAUAGACGAAUACCAAACAUGGCCUGGGUGGCUCAUUCUUGGCUUGAGAUGUUUAAUAAUUGUAUGGUUUCUACUGGAACUUCGUGCCACAAUGAGAUAUGAGCACAAUGACUCAAAGCUCCAUUUCUUCCUGCACUUUGGUGCUUCGGCUCUUGUGUGGUACAUAUACCUUCCAAUCAUUGCUCUAGUCGCUCUCCAAAUACCACCAUUUUGGAGAUACAAACUGUUAUUAGGUAUUACAUAUUCGGCUGAUUGUCUUGCUUAUAUCGUGAUGACUCAGUUGCUUUGGCCUACAAGGACUGAACAGUAUUUCUUAUUGGCCACACACCGGCUCGAUGCGACUGAGGAACUUGAUGAGUUCAACGAGGCCCCACAUGUUAUACACGGCUCUGGCAAUGAUCGGUUGAUCGCAUGGGAACAGCCAGAUCCGAAGGAAAAACUUCUAGACAUCCCGGAAAACAUUGACAUCAAUAGUCACAGGCUGUGCAGAUCCUGCAAGCAAACAAAAGAGAAUUUAACAUGUUUUCAAACAGGAGAGAAAUUAUUUUGGGGUCUACAACACAACCGUUGGAACUGGGACAAAUAAUAUCUAAGAUGAA